GUUUUCAAUUUCCCCUUUUACUACCAUCGAAUAAACGCCCAAAAUAGGGGAACUUCAGUUGCGCUAGCUCCGCCACUUACCACCGCUGCAACUCUUUCUCUCUCCACCAUGGGUGCCACCAUCUCCACCACCACAACCUCACUCUCUCACCAUACCCUAACCCUAAUCCGCACCCAAUCCCACCACCACCAUCAACUCCGGCACUUCGCAAAAUAUACACCCUAUAAACCCCUUCCAAAACCCAAAGUCCACCAAAAACUCCGGGCCAUCAAAACCCUAAAAUCCCACCUGCAAGACUCAUACUUGAUCUCCCCUUUCCCCUGCCAUGGCUUCUCAGCCAACAAAUUCAAACCCCUUAAAACCCCUCUUCCUUCUGACCCAUCUGCUGCAAAGCUUGUUUUUGUGAAGAAUUCCCUUGUUUCUCAGGCAUUUGCUGGGACCCAGUUCGAGGCUUUGGGGAGUUGUAUGAAGGGCAUGAAUUCCCUCCUCUUUGUUAAGAAGGAAGACGCCGUGGGCCCAGUAAUGGGGGGUGUGAAAAGUGCUGUCAAAGAAGGGAAAUUGGAGUUCAAUGACUUCCCUGGGGCUGUUGUCAAUGGUCAACUUUAUGGGCAUUUGGAUUUGGAGGUUUUCCAGAAUACACCCUCCAAAAUGGAGGCUCAUGGGAUGGUUCUUGGUUCACUUUUCGGGCCGUCUUCGACUUUGAUGGCGGUUUUGGAAGGGUUUUGUGCUGAUGAUUCUGCCAAUGAGGCCGCUACCGAUGCUCCUGCUGAUGGUGGGAUUGAUGCUAAGGAUGUGAGUGAAAGCCCUGCUCAAUGAUACAGCAACCAUUCAGGAGUUUUUUUGGGUGAUUUUGCUCAAGUGUAGAAGGAGAUACAGUAUUUGAUUGCACUUGGAAUUGUACUUGUUUUCUAUCCAACUCCCUUUAGUUAUUCUAGCUUUUAUUGUUUUGAUUACCUCAUUACUUUUGGAGCGAGAUUGAUGUUUAAUGAAGGGAUCAGCUUGGCCUUCAUCACGUAAGCAUGAAUUCCGCAACCACAAAUAAUAAGCAGUGGAGGAUCUGCAAUUUUGGUUGCUUAUUGUCCAGUGGGAUAUACACUAGAUAAUAUUUGCAAGAAAUUGGAUUAGUUUGAAAUUUAUGAACACCAUAUUGGUAGUAUCGGCUUGGGGUGCAAUUCUAUUCUAAAUCUUUGCUCGGCCCUGGGUUAUGUGCUUGACUAUUGAGUUUUCUCUUCAAUUCUUUUGGUUUGGAUUAACAAGUAAAGCCAUUCUCUACUAACUGAUUUUGGGUUCAACACAUACAAUCUGGGUAUGGAUAUUAUCAGUCUCUUGUCCAAAUGUUAUUUACUUCGUACCGAUUGGAUGCCUCUUCUACAUAGUUAUCCCUCUCUUUGCAA